CUGGGCCAUUUCUUUGUGGAUCACCCAGAAGAUGCAUUUGGCUCCCUGGGGAAGCUGCUGCACAAGAACUUCCACUUGGGCAACUCCAACCUCAGGCCGCUGGGGCUGCUGGCAGACUGCGUGCACGAGGAGCUGCUGCUGCAGUGGUCCAGCCUGCUUUUCGAUGACAGCCCUACAGGGGGGGCGCUGGCCUGGCUGCCCCCCAAAGACGCCAGGGCAUGCAUGGGCCGCCUGGUGUACCCCAGAGGACAGGCCAUGAACCACCUCUAUUUCCAGGACAUGGUGCUGGAGGAGGUGCCCUGCGCCCGGGGCUCCCCAGCACGGUUUGUGCUCAACGGGCGCAUACGGCAAAUAGCAACUGCCCAAGUGGACAGGGAAGAUUUCAUUGGUGUCCGCUCGGACUACCACUGUGGUGUUUGGAGGGUGCCAGGCAGGACGGAAGCAGCUCCAAGCCCACUGCAGGUCAUCCGCACCAGUGUGCCUGUCUCCUGUCUCACUGUCAGCCCUCACCUCCCCGGGGAGCUGGCUGUCUGCAACCAGAGCGGAGCCGUCUACCUCUGGAGCGUCGAUACAGGGCUGCAGCAGCUCCGACAUGACCCCCAGACCAUGUUUUUCCGGGACCACUCAUCCUGGCGCUGGGCUGACUUCACUGCCCACCCGCGGGUGCUGAGCUGUGCUGACCGCACUGGCCUGCAGUGCCUGGACACCCGGGUCCCCGAGAGAUGUCAGUUUGACUUGUUCAAGGUGGGUGAGGAAGCGAGCUGCCAGCGGGGCGAGCGUGUGGUGCUGCCCAUGUACCUGGGCAAGGCUCAUCCUUCCCAGCACCUCAUCACCACACAGUUCUCUGUGUAUGUGCUGGACGAGCGGUUGCCACUGGUGCCUGUGUUGAAAUGGGCACACAUGAUGAAGGCCCCCCCACUCUUUGCCCACCUGAUACCAGAGGUCUCUGGAAGGAGCCACAAGGUGCUGCUUGGCACAUCCCGCACCCAGGAGCUGUUACUGCUGCAAUACCGGGGUGAGAGAUGGGGGGGCAGCCAGUCAGUCUGCCAGCUAGCAGGGCCGCCACAGAAGCUGCACAGCAUCGCUGGCUGCCUGCAGCACCUGCCUGCACAGCCCCCACACCGCCAUCGCCCGGUGCACCCGCCCGGCUGCUGCCCACCGGGCUUGGGCAGUGAGGAGGAAGAGGAGGAAGAGCAAACCUUCUACUUGUCCAACGUGGAGGUGAUUUUCAAUGAGGAGGAAGAGGAGGAGGAAGUGUUGAAUACUCAAACAGCCCAGGAUGAAGCCGAACAGCCUCAG